AACAACAAGGGCAGCAACAACAACAACAACAACAACAAGGGCAGCAACAACAACAACAACAAGGGCGGCAACAACAACAACAAGGGCGGCAGCAACAACAACAAGGGCGGCAGCAACAACAACAAGGGCGGCAGCAACAACAACAAGGGCGGCAGCAACAACAACAAGGGCGGCAGCAACAACAACAAGGGCGGCAGCAACAACAACAAGGGCGGCAGCAACAACAACAAGGGCGGCAGCAACAACAACAAGGGCGGCAGCAACAACAACAAGGGCGGCAGCAACAACAACAAGGGCGGCAGCAACAACAACAAGGGCGGCAGCAACAACAACAAGGGCGGCAGCAACAACAACAAGGGCGGCAGCAACAACAACAAGGGCGGCAGCAACAACAACAAGGGCGGCAGCAACAACAACAAGGGCGGCAGCAACAACAACAAGGGCAGCAACAACAACAAGGGCAGCAACAACAACAAGGGCAACAACAACAAGGGCAACAACAACAAGGGCAACAACAACAAGGGCAACAACAACAACAACAAGGGCAACAACAACAACAACAACAACAAGGGCAACAACAACAACAACAACAAGGGCAACAACAACAAGGGCAGGAUGCAGCACAACUGCGUGGAGCAGCAGGCGAACAGACGGGUGCUGUGCCCAGCCGCCACGCCGCGCAACGGGCCAGAGGGCUCCAGAGGGUGGGCGGACGAGGUCGCCACAGUCCGCGCCGGCGAUCAAUCGCCGCGUGGACACCCACGAAGCGACGACAUCACAGCCCGCCUCGCCGCCUGCUGGACAACUCCAUCAGCGAGCUGGAAGCCCCGGCGGACAUGUUCGCUGAAAAUUUUACGCCGAUUGACGAACCGGCACAACCGCCGGCAGGACAGUGGUGGCUGA